GGAGUAACUCUAAUAAUAAGCAGAGAGAUGAACAGUGGAUUUCCGCCUAUGGAUUUCAAGAUCGCAGUAUUGGGAGCCGGUGGAGUAGGCAAAACCUCUCUCCUAAGAGCGUUCUUCGACCAACCUUUUACUACAGACCAUAAACCGACUGUGGAUGACUAUUUUGUGCACGGGAUCAAGCUACGUGGGGUUUUCUAUAACGCUUGUAUCGUUGAUACAAGCGGUAGCUUCUCGUUUCCGGUGAUGAGGCGAUUUGCUAUUUCGCAUUGUCAAGGCUUUGUUGUGACUUAUGCUCUAAAUGACGAGAAAUCGUUCCAGGCUGCAGUGUCGACACUGGAUGAAAUAAUCGAUUUGAAGGCAGGUAUUGGCUUGAAGUAUAAGCGGAUUCCAGUUAUGCUGGUAGCGAACAAAUUCGAUUGUAAAGACAGGCAGGUUUCCGCUGUUGAAGCUCAAGCCGAACUCAACACUCGACCUUGGAUUGUGGGCUUGUAUACUGAAGUGUCGUGCAAGACUAAUAGUGGGGUUGAUGGGAUAUUUGAAAGCCUUUUGAACCUAAUGCAAGCUAUUAAGGAAAGAGAGCAGAGUAAAAGUGAUAAAUCAUCUUCUCUUCGGCAAAGCGGGAGAAAUUCCUCAAGAAAAAAGUAUAAUUCUGGCGGAGGAAAGAAAUGAAUUUUUAUUCACCUUUCAUAAAUCGUCUUUUUCCUUAGUUCCAAUGUGAAACUAAAAAGGCCUAAAAACAAACUCAAGAGACAACGACUAGAAAGUACAAUAUCUACAUGUACUAUUAUUACACAUGACGGGCAUAUUUAUCAUUAUAUAUAUGAUAUAUUCCAUUGAAUUAACUCAUCGAAAUUCAUGAACUCACAUGAAAGAUUGCUGAAAACAAAAACAAAAAACUUUUACUUUUAAUAGAAUGCUUGAUACUUAUGAUUUGAUAAAAAUACACGGUCAUAACCAUGAACAGUAGUGUUGAUCACAAGCUUCCAAGCAUGUCUGUUGUUCAAAGAAUGCUUGGAUGACCAAUUACUAUUUCCUCCAAGAAAAUAAUAGUCCGAAGCAUAGAAAACAAUAUGAAGAGAGCUUUCGUAGAAUUUCGAAGCAGGGACGGAUUUUUGCCAUAAACCAGUAUUCAUUGUACACAUAGUCGAUAGAUUAACUAUGUUGUACAUGAUUGUCUAUCCGUGACUGAAAAUGUAAAUAAGGAAAACUGAAGUACACACACGUAAACAGAAAGCAAAUAACGACGAAAGAGAAAGAUAAGGCCAAAAAAAUGAAUGUCAUUUUUAAGAUAGACAGAUGAGUCUAGAAUAGAGUUUUAACACGAUCGUGUUUGUUUAUGAGAAUACCUACGUUAUUUGCUAGAAAUACAUAGAAUGAACGACAAGGAAUAUUAAUUACAGGUCAAUAGAGAGACGACGGAGAAUGAACGCCUACGCGCAGUCGAUAAGUCUCUUUACAUUACAUGCGAAAUAAACUGAACCAUAUCAUGCA